UCUCUUUCUAGGCGUUACUUCCGCAGUAUCAUGACUGCCCUAUGAACACAACUUCACAAAACUGAUUCGCUCCUCGCAGAUUCCUUUCCAUGGCGGCCGACAUUGGGGAAGUGGGUUGUUCGCAGAGGAAGAGGAAGCGCAGAAGACCCAGCGAUUUCCCGAAGCUUCUUGUUGGUGACCAAGUCGAAGUAAGGAGUCUUGAAGAGGGAUUCCUCGGGUCAUGGCACUCUGGAAUCGUGAUUUCUUGCAAAAAGAAUGCUCGUGAAGUCCAAUACGAUCAUAUUUUGUGUGAUGAUGGUUCUGAAAGACUUGUUGAAUGCAUAAAAGUUUCACCUAUGAUUGAUGGAAUCAUACCGGCCAGCAGUGCACUGGAAAACUAUCGGGGUCUGAUAAGACCAUUGCCACCACCAUUUGAUUGUAAGAGCCGGUCUUUCUGCUAUGGGCAGUGCGUUGAUGUUUAUUACCAAGAUGGAUGGUGGGAAGGUGUGAUCUUUGACCACAACGAUGGUUCUGAGAAUCGAACAAUUUUCUUCCCAGAUAUCGGUGAUGAUAUGAACUGUACAAUUGAUGACCUGCGGAUUACUCUGGACUGGGAUGAGUUUAGUGGGGACUGGAGGCCUCGUGGAAGUUGGUUAUUUCUCGAGUUAGUUGAGGAAUUCGUGCGAGAGUGGCCAGUUCCAGUAUCUCUGAGGCAAAUAUGGUAUGAAGUUCGAGCAAAGAAGGGUUUUGAGAAACUUAAGGAGUGGACUUCUAUGGAUGGGGAUAUGUGGAAAAAUUUAGUGUUGGAAGUGAUUUGUGAUAAUUGUGAGCUUGCCGCAGAUCACUUUCUCCAGAGAUUGGAUUCAUCAGGCGAAUUGGUACAGGAAGACCUGCUGACAUUAUCCAAAACUCUUUACGAUGUUGUAUUGAGGCCUGAAGUUGAUUUGGCCAACUCUCUUGGUGUCGUAGCAGUUGAAAAUGGCUCUUCUUCCAGAAUGUUGCCAUCUGAUGUAGGUAAUGCUAUUGUUCCAGCUGUUGCAGAUAAAACCAACGUGCAUGACAAUAUUUCCAUCCUGGAGGAAGACAUGUUUGAUAUGAGUCUCUUAACUAGCUCAAACGCACCAUUCCACGAUGAAAUGCUAUGUGCUACACCUCCCGUGCUAUCAGUUUCACCUUUUCAUCCAGAUGGAUCUUCUAGGUUGAAUUCAAACUUGAACAGUAAAGGAUUUUCUAGUAACUGCACCAAAGCCCCAUUGGGAAAGAGACAGGGAAUAAGUAGUAGGUGGCUACCUGCUGGAAAUGACAUUGUUCCUGGGGCUGAGUCUUGCCCAAAUGCAAUUGAUGAAUAUCACCUUGUUUUUAAUUCUAACCGCAAACCUUCAGGUCAUUUAAUGUCAAAUCUGAGGAAGCAUCUUGCAUACUUGGGCUGGAAGAUUGAGUUUAUGAGAGACAGAGGUUCUAUUAGAAUGCGUUACACCUCGCCUGAAGGAAAAUCUUAUGAUUCACUUAAUAAGGUCUGUAAGGCUUUAAGAAAACCUUCACUGGGAAAUCUUUCCAAUGCUUCUGCAGAUGACAAAAGAAUUUUAGCUGGUGCAACAUCAGUUACAUCAUUUAUGCCUGCUGGAAAUGACCUUGUUCCUAGUGGUGAAUAUAUCCCCAAUGCAGUUAGUGAAUAUCAUGAUGUCUGUAACUCUAACCGUAGGCCUUCACUUCAUUUGAAGUUGAAUGUGUGGAAGCAUCUUGCAUACUUAGGCUGGAAGAUUGAAUUUGCGAGAGCUGGAGGUGCGUGUAGAAAUCGCUACUUUUCACCUGAUGGAAAAGUGUACUAUUCACUGCUCAUGGUUUGUAAAGCUCUGGGGCAACCUACUCUAGAAAAAAUUUCACAUGUCUUCCAAGAUGACAAAAUAGUUUCAGCUGCUGUGCCAGAUAGUCCUUUCCCAUCUAACAGUUGUGAAAAUCCACAAACAAGAAUGGAGGUAUCUGUGUUACCUACCUGUAAUGUGAUUGAAUCUGGAUAUUUCCCUGAAGCUGUUGUGCAGUACUAUUUACUUGGAUCGCGUUCAGAAACUGAUAACCGAGCAUUGUAUAAAAAUCAUAAAGUUAAUGAUUUGAAAUUUAAAGCAAAGAAGCAUUUGUCUGGUCUUGGGUGGUAUAUCUGGCACAAUAGGACUAGAGGGAGGCAGACAAUGCGGUAUUCUUCGCCAAGUGGUAGGUCCUAUUAUAAUCUUCGAGCAGCUUGCAAAGGCUGUAUAGAUGAAGGACUCCAUGGUUGUAAUGCUUCAACCUCUAAGAAAAGGAGAAAAAGAAAUAUCAGGAAGGAAGCUAGGGGCCAGUUAGUUAUCGGGGGAUCUUCUUUGUCAUCAACUGAUGCAGAGUUUAACAAUCAUUUGAUAUCUUGUUAUGCACUGUCUGAGGAUUCUCUAAUAGAACCUGCUGAUAUUUCGUUGCCUGGGGAAGUUGUUGAACUUGGUAAAGGAGAAAUUCGGAAAGUUAAAAGACUGCACAGGAAGGAUCAAACAGCAGGCGACCAAAUGUGGAAGAAAAAGAGGCCGGUCAGGUCACUGGUUAAAGAUGGAGACAAUCUGGGUAGUGAUUGUCCAAUGCAUGUGCUGCGGUCUAGCAAAAGAGCUUUGGCAGUGGGGCAUCCUUCUUCUUCUUAUCAGAAUCCUAGAACUAUAUUAUCUUGGUUAAUAGAAAAUAAUGUGGUGUUGCCUAGAUCAAAAGUACAUUAUAUCAGCAGAAAGGGUGGUGCUCCAAUGGCAGAAGGGCGAAUAACUCGUGAAGGGAUCAAGUGCAGUUGUUGCCAGAAGGUCUUUACUCUUGGUAAAUUUGAAAUUCAUGCUGGCAGUAACAAUCACAGACCAGCAGCACAUAUCUUUUUGGAGGAUGGGAGAUCUCUGCUAGAUUGUCAGUCACAACUGAAAUAUAAAAUUAGUCCAAGAAAGUUUAUGACAGAUCCAUGUAAGGUCAAGGGUAGGCGGCAAAGCAACACAAAUGACUACAUAUGUUCUGUCUGUCACUUUGGGGGUGAAUUAAUUUUAUGUGAUCAAUGCCCAUCGUCAUUUCACAUAAGUUGCCUGGGUUUGAAGGAUGUUCCAGAUGGUGACUGGUACUGUUCAUCUUGCUGCUGUGGAAUUUGUGGGAGAAGCAUAUUCAAUAAAGACAGGGAGCAGUUUACUGAUGACAGUGUUCUCAUCUGUGAUCAGUGUGAGCAUCAGUAUCAUGUUGGGUGCCUAAGGGAAAUGGGUAUUACUAAUGUGGACUGUCGACCCAAAGGAAGUUGGUUUUGCACUAGAAGAUGUGAAGAGAUAUUUCUGGGUCUCCACAAUCUUCUGGGAAAAUCUGUCUCAGUUGGGAUUGAUAAUUUAACUUGGACUUUGUUGAAAUAUGUGAAACAUGAAGAUGGUGAUCAUGAUGAUCAGGAAGCUUUAACAGAGAACUUCAGCAAACUUAGUGUUGCUCUUUCUGUGAUGCACGAGUGUUUUGAGCCUGUUAAAGAACCUCUUACCAGGAGAGAUCUUGUGGAAGAUGUUAUUUUUAGUAGAUGGUCAGAGCUGAAUCGUUUGAAUUUCCAAGGGUUUUAUACUGUACUUUUGGAGCGAAAUGAUGAAUUAAUUACAGUAGCUAAUGUAAGGGUUUAUGGAGAAAAGGUGGCAGAAGUACCACUUGUUGCUACCAGGUUUCAGUAUCGCCGACUUGGCAUGUGCCGCAUCUUGAUGAAUGAGCUGGAAAAGCGGCUGAUGGAACUUGGCGUGGAGAGACUAGUUUUGCCCGCAGUUCCUGCUGUUCUGAACACUUGGACUACCUCAUUUGGUUUUUCAAAAAUGACAGCAUCAGAGAGAUUAAACUUACUGGAUUACACUUUCCUUGAUUUCCAGGGCACUAUCAUGUGCCAGAAACUCUUGGCAAAUAUCCCUACUUCAGAAUCCAACCUGUUAACAAGAAACCAGCAAAAAAGUCAUGAUGUUGUAGCUGUAAUUGAUAAUACAGAUUUGGAUGGGAAUAGUGCUGUUUCCGAAGUAUCCCAAGUGGACCAAGUCGAGGAGAGUGAAAUUGUGGACCAAGGACCAAUUGAGUAUGUACUCAGUCUCGUCUCAUGAAAGUUAGUAGAAUGGUAAACGAGAUAAAUAAAUGGAUACAUAUAUAUGUGUAUAUAAAGAGAUUGGACAUUUCAUCUGUUACUGUUAUCAUACUCAAAUCAACUGCACAACACUAAAUAAAUAUAUUUGAGUCUGGAAGAUAGGACAAUAUGUCCUGGGAAUUGCUCUUCCUGGGGUGGAUCCAUCAUAUUGAAACAUGGUAUCUAGUAGUUGUUUUUACAAGGAAAUUAG